UUUCAGUUCAUCGAGACCACAACUUCAAUCUAAUGUUAAAAUGAUGCGAGCUGGCGACCACAUGAAUAAGGAGGCUAGAAGAAUGAUCUCGGAGCCGUCCUAUGCCCCCAACAAAAUGCACAUGUACUGCAAGUACCCCAUGGACGUGAGGGGAAGAGAAUGUGGGUUCGUGGGGACCCUUGCUGACUGCAUCACACACAUGGGCACUCACACGAGGACUUACCUCUACCGUUGCAAGAAGUGCUGCAUGGAUCUCACGGAUCCGAGCCAACUCUACAACCAUCACAGCGUCACCAAUGGAGACCUGUGCACCUCGAAGACCGCGGAAAUGGAAGUACUUCCUCCGAUAGGAAGAGAUAAAUCGGUGGAUCGUCAUAGGUCGCUGAACGUAUUUCUUAUGGUUAUAUCGAAGGAAGAAUACCAUAAGCAUAGGACUUCCUCCAAUUAUGCCCACAACACUCGGAGGACUGGAGGAACUCCUGCUUAUGAUGAUCUUCCGUGUUUCAAUCAGAUCUCGAGGAAGAAAACAUCCUACAGCCACCAGGUUCCGGAAAUCGAUGUAGAGCUCAACAGUUCUUCCACAUCAGCUCUUCCAAUUAAAGAAGAGGUUACUACAAGGAGCCCUGCACCAAAUAUGGGUUUUUGCGAAGUACGCCAGCUCCCAAAAGACUCCAGAGGGCCUCAGAGAGAUGGCUCCUCAUCUCCUGAUGUUCAGUUCAUCAAGACUGUGACUAUGUCACGGUUAGAGAAUGUUGUUCCUACCAGCUCACGUGGAAAGGCGCCAGAAGAUUCAUCUGCACCAGCACGUCUAGGAUUCCUCUCCGAUCGUGCGGUCUCCGGGUCAUCAAUCCCAGCCGUCGAGGAAAGAUCUGGAGAAGGCAGCUUCGACUUUACAGGUCCUUCCACUCCUCGCUUGGCCCAGCCAGCUUUUGGGAACUUUUUUGGGAAUAGGGCGAGUUCUUCGUCUUUCGGUGCACCAUUGUCAACUCUAGCUGUGGACAAGCUGAUUCCGGAACCUCAUCUCUCCGGAAGCAAAGCGGUCCCAGACCAUCGUUUCGAUUUCAAACAUUUCAGACGUCUCCGAGCAGCGGGAGGAGGGCCCCUCAAGGCGAUCGCCGAUGUCUCCAUCUAAUCAACGGGGACGUGGAGCAGGACACCAGCCACGUAACAGGGAACAUACACCGAAAUCGCCAUUGAGAAACCAGAGGCGUGGUCGCCGAAGCCCCUCGACAGAUGAGUGGACCCCCAGACGUUCAGAGCAUCACCAUCGUCGUGACUAUAGAAGAAGAAAGCGGGAUUAUUCAAGAGAUCGCUCACGCCAUCACGGAGAUCGUUAUUAAAUUCCAUGUUGCAUCUCAAUUUCUUUUUCUUCGAUUUCUCGAGUAUUGAGCCUUUAUUCACAUUCCUUCUCGUAUGUUCAUAAUAAAUAUUCUAUCUACGUUAAAAGUAAAAUAUU